CUCUAAAUCAGUGAACGCUUCCUUCCGGAACGGAACCCGUUGCGUAUACGCCACCGUAGCCACCGGAACCCGUUUCGUAUACGCCACCGUAACCGCAGUCGCAUGCCGUCGCGUAAACCCAACUAUUCGGUUGCAGUGCUAAAGCCCAAGAACAACUCCAAGCUGACCGCAGCUUAAGUUAAAAACAAAAUAUAUAUUUAAAAAUCAAACUAAAACAUAAACCAAUACAGUGCCGAAAUGGACGUAGCCAAAAUGCAAGCCACUUCCGGCCAGCAUCUAAUGCAUCCCGCUGCGCCGCCCGCCCACCAACACCACCUGCCGCUCGACUACAGUUUGGGCAACUUUAAGCCGGCCAUAGCGUCCGACUUUCCCGGACCCUUCCUUGCCAGCCAGCAGCAACAGUCAUCCACGGCCUCUAAUUCCGCCUCGUCCGUUUCCGGUUCCGGUGCCGCUUCCGCCUCCACUUCCGCCUCGCUGCAGGUGCGCGAUCUUAGCGCCCUAACGGCCAUGGCCACGAUACCCUCGCCCACGCAACUCCUCCAGCAGCGCAUCCAAAUCUCUGCGGACGCGGCCCUGGGUCACCACCAGCAACAGCACCAGCACCAGGCGGCCCAGAAUCCGCCGCAGCCACCAAUGCCGACGGCCUCUACAUCGCCGCACGAGUAUGCGCCCAUCUCCGCCUUCAAAGCGGUAACACCCAAGAAGCGCAACUCCGACGAUGCCUCCCUGGCAUUUAGCAUUAGCAGACUGGUCAAGACUGAACUCCUAACAGCGGCCGUUGGCCUGAAGCCGCUGACUUCGCUGGAGGACAACAACAACUCCAUCUCCAUGCUGAGCAAAAACCAGAUGCAACAGCACCAGCAGCAUCAGCAGCUCCAGCAGCCACGUUCCAAGCCGGCCUUCAUCAGCGCCAGCGAAAAGUUGAGGCGACAGUCGCGAUCCCGUUCCCGCUCGCGAUCCCGGAGUCGUUGCUCCUCGCAGAUCGACAUGGAGGACGCGGAAUCGCACCAUUCGCACCGCUCGCUGCACUCUCGUUCGCGAUCCCGCUCCCGCUCCCACUCCCGCUCCCGCUCGCACUCGAGCAGCUCGUCGGUGGAGCUGGAGGUGGACUCACCGCCUGGCAGUCCACGGAUCAGUUCUCCCAGCACCGCUUCCGCCUCGGAGCUGCUUAUAACGGCCAAUGGGGGUGCCAGGAGCAUCGGCUCCAAGAAGUCCGAUCUCUUCUCCGUGUCAGCGCUACUGCGAAGGGAUGAGCCACCCCAGAGACGCACGCCACGCAGCCCGCCACUGGGUCACCUGGCCGCCGGCGGCCUACCCAUGCCCUUUAACCCGCUGGAGGCAAUGCGUCAGGGAUAUCCGCCCAACUACGACGCAGCCAUGUUCCAGCGCCCACUCUUCUCGCCUGCCCUGCCCUUCUUCGCCGCCGUUGCCUUCCACCAAGGUCAGCAGCAACAGCAGCAGCAGCAGCAACAGCAACAGCAGCAAUCUAGCCUAGCAGCGGGCUAUCAUCCGGACUCGCAGGAAAAUCUCUUCCGUCUGCGGAGUCUAAUGGUGCCACUGCAAUCCGCCGGACAGAACAACUCCACAGCGGCAGCGGCGGCGGCGGCAGCUGCUGCGGCGGCCGUGGGCGUCGGUGUGGGUGUCGGAGUGGGCGUGCCACCCAACGGCGGGCACCUGGGACUGCCACAUUCGCCGCACCUGCACCACUUCCACCACAUGGCCGCCAAGUGGCCGGGCCUGCACCAAUUCAGCGACCUGUACUCGUGCAUGAAGUGCGAGAAGAUGUUCUCCACGCCGCACGGCCUCGAGGUCCAUUCCCGCCGGACGCACCACGGCAAGAAGCCCUAUGCCUGUGAGCUCUGCAACAAGACCUUUGGGCACGAGGUCAGCCUCAGCCAACACAGGGCGGUGCACAAUGUGGAGAAGGUGUUCGAGUGCAAGCAGUGCGGCAAGCGCUUCAAGCGCUCCAGCACGCUGUCGACGCACCUGCUCAUUCACAGCGACACGCGGCCUUAUCCCUGCAACUACUGCGGCAAGCGGUUCCACCAAAAGAGCGACAUGAAGAAGCACACCUACAUACACACAGGUGAGAAACCGCACAAGUGUCAGGUGUGCGGCAAGGCCUUCAGCCAGAGCUCCAACCUGAUAACGCACUCUCGGAAGCACACCGGCUACAAGCCCUUCUCCUGCAAGCUCUGCCACAAGUCCUUCCAGCGCAAAGUGGAUCUGCGGCGCCACAAGGAGACCCAGCACACGGACCUGCGCGUCCACCUGGGCAAGGUGGACUUCAUGUCGGCAGCAGCAGCGGCGGCGGCCUCUGCCGAGCUGAGUGCAGCGGCGGCGGCAGCGGGCGGCGGAGUGUCCCCGGCGAACCAGGGUGCACCGCCUCCGAACGGGGGACCCCCCCAGAUGGGCGGCGGCCUCAACUGUCAGAAGGUGUCGCUGCUGGUAUAACAGGAGCAGCAGGCCCAGUUCCAAACCAACCGCAAUCAAUGUGCAAUAGAUGGUCAAGCAUUCGCCGUAGCUUGAAGCGAUUCCAAAGAACAGAUGAAAUUAAAACCAUUUAAAUAAUUUUAAGCCAGCCAGUUACACAAUAUUUCCAAUGUUGCCAAAAAAUAAAAUACCAAAGAAAUACGAAAUAAUGCAAGUCAAACUCACUAUAGUCAGUCUCCAGUUCUCAUUACAAUUUAAAUAUUAUUGCCAUAUAGCUCGCUGAACUCUCAUCUUAGGACAUACCAAAGCUAUUCCAGAUCAAAUCGAGUUUCCAUUCUUUUCUUUAUGUAUGUGACUCUGUAUUUCCGUGGUUCGAGUGCCAGAAAACAAAUGAAAAUCAAAAGAUCCCUCGAUAUAAACCGUGCGUGUCGUACUCUGUAAAAUGUAAAACAAAAUGAAUCAAACAUAUAAAACAAAUUGCA